AUGGACACCCUAGGCGCCGCGCUGGCGCCGCUCGCCCUCGCCGACGCCGCGGACACGCCGCACGACCCAGGGUCCGCAUGCGGAAGCCCAUGCUCCGUCGCCAGCGACUGCAGCAGCGUCGCAUCGGCCGACUUCGACGGCCUCCUCUCCCCCUCCGCCGCCUCAUCCUCCGCGGGCCCGCCCUCGCUCCUCUCCGACGACCUGCCCGCGGCCGCCACCGAUUCCAGCCCCGCCUGCGGCAGGAGCGUCUUCGCCCUCGACUCCCCGCCGCGCUGGGGGCUCGAGUCCGUCCAGGGCCGCCGCCCGGAGAUGGAGGACGCCGCCGCCGUCGUCCCGCGCUUCCACCGCAUCCCGCUCUGGAUGGUCGCCGCCGACGCCGACGGCCUCGACCGCGCGUCCUUCCGCCUGCCCGCGCACUUCUUCGCGGUCUACGACGGCCACGGCGGCGCCCAGGUCGCCCACUACUGCCGGGACAGGCUCCACGCCGCGCUCGCCGAGGACCUGCGCGCCGCCGAGGAGCGCGGCGCCUGCGGCGGAGACGACUUCAGCUCCCUCGAAUACUCCAAGAAGCGGUGGGAGAAGGCGUUCGUGGACUGCUUCUGCCGCGUCGACGCGGAGGUCGGAGCGCGGCCCGUGGCUCCGGACGCGGUCGGGUCGACGGCGGUGGUCGCAUUGGUAUGCUCGUCGCACGUCGUCGUCGCCAACUGCGGGGACUCGCGAGCCGUGCUCUGCCGGGGCAAGGAGCCAUUGCCCCUGUCUCUGGAUCACAAGCCAAACCGAGAAGACGAGUACGAGAGGAUCGAGGCCCUAGGCGGCAAGGUCAUUCAGUGGAAUGGGUAUCGAGUUUUGGGUGUUCUUGCCAUGUCGCGCUCCAUUGGGGACAGAUACCUGAAGCCUUACAUAAUCCCCGUCCCCGAGGUCACACUUGUUGCUCGUGCAAGAAACGAUGAGUGCCUCAUCCUCGCGAGCGAUGGCCUCUGGGACGUGCUAUCCAACGAAGAGGUCUGUGAUGCUGCCCGCAAGCGGAUACUGCUGUGGCACAAGAAGAACGCCACAUCAUCGCCCUCCUCCUCUGCUGUCGCCCGAGGAAGCUGCGACGACGGUGGCUCGCCGGACCCUGCCGCACAGGCGGCCGCCGAGUACCUGUCCAAGCUUGCCCUUCAGAAGGGGAGCAAGGACAACAUCACCGUCCUCGUGGUCGACCUCAAGGUGCACAGGCGGUUCAGGAGCAAAAACCUGCCGAUAACAACAGAUGGUAGUGGAUAGGAACUCAAAACCUAACGACGGUGACAGUGGAUAGGUUUUAAGAUAAGAAACAGUAACACCUGCACCUGUGACUACAUAUACCAAGUCUGAUUCAGGAACCUGGGAUUUCAGGGUUCUAGAUCUGAUGAAACAUGACUCUUGUACAUGUAGCAGUAGUACAUAAUUUGGGUUUCUGGCUGUCAA